AUGGCCAGAGCGUCGCUGGGCAACCGACAGACCCGCCCACUGAAAGCCAGCCUUGUCUUCAUUGGCCCAGAAACUCACCAAUGGGAGCGCAGGAGCAUCUUCCCGCCACCUCCGGCGCCCGCUUUCAAACAGCCGAACCUUCCUUCCUUCGCAACUGCAAGAGACUCUAAACAACGACUGGAGCAGGAGGCUGCUCCUCAACGGCCUCCGACCUCCGGGGUUGGUUGUGACGAGGAAGUAGCCAAGAGCAUUAGAGAGUGGGUAAAGAAAGCAAAGGGCCUUUGCUUGAAGUUUGUAACUGGGUUAGAAUUUCCUCUUGGGGACAGCAGAACCCGUGGCCUCAGCAUGGUGGGCUGCUGCCAGGCUGCAGGGCAGGCUCAACUUGGGACUUCUGGACUUGUGGACUUUCGAGAUCCUUCGGAACUAGCUGUAAAGGAACGCCUGAGGACCAUGUCAUUGGAUUUUGGCAGUGUGGCACUGCAGACACAAAAUGAAGAUGAAGAAGAAUAUGACAAAGAAGACUAUGAAAGGGAAAAAGAGUUGCAGCAGCUCCUUACAGACCUUCCUCAUGACAUGCUGGAUGAUGAGCCAUCCUCCCCCGAGCUCCACUAUUCCGACAGCAGUGAGGAUGACACAGAGGGAGAAGCACAUCAUUUUGAGCAAUUGGAGAUAAACUGGAAUGAGCACCCAGUGCUGCCCAAAUCUCAAAGUGCCGGUGGACAUAGUGAGAUGCAGGAUUUAUAUGUUCAAGAUGAAAGUGGCAAUGGAUGGGAAGAUAAACAAGGUAAAACCAAAGAUCUUCAUCCUGGAGAAGGUGAAGAUGAAGGUGGAAGUGGUUAUAGUCCUCCCAAUAAAUAUGAACAAACUGAUUUAUAUCACCUUCCUGAAAACUUUCGACCAUAUACCAAUGGUCAGAAGCAUGAAUAUAAUGCCCAACCAACGAAUAUAAUUAAGUUUUCAGACCCUCAGAGGAAUCAUUUUCAGCUCUUUGGUACAUCACAAAGUCCUGGUUGUCCAACUUUGGAAUCAUAUAAAGUGACAUAUAAGCCUUAUUCAUCUUCUGGACAGAAUAAUGGCUUGCCAACCCAGGAAAAAGCAGAAAGUGACACAUUUGAAGAUCUACAACAACAGUUUUUAGGAGCUAAUAAAAAUUCCACAGAGAAUAUGCAGGUAAUUCAACUACAGGCUCUUAACAAAGCAAAAGAUAGACAACUAGACAAUUUAGUUGAAAAGUUAAAUGAAAGUGAACGCCAAAUAAGAUAUCUGAAUCACCAGCUUCUGAUAAUCAAAGAUGAAAAGGAUGGUUUGACCGUCAGCCUUUGUGAAUCCCAGAAAGUCCUUAAGAAUGGAAAAGAGAGAGAGAUACAGCUUGAAGGACAAAUAAAAGCGCUGGAGACUCAAAUACAAGUGUUAAAAGCCAGUGAAGAACAGAUAAUUAAGAAGUCCAGAACAACUGAAGUAGCGCUGGAAAGCAUGAAACAGCAGCUGUUAGAGCUUCAUCAUUCUGAGUCACUUCAACGGGUCAGAGAGCAGCAUGAGGGCAUUGUAAAUGGACUCACAAAGAAGUAUGAACAGCAAGUGUCGACCUUACAGAACAAGUUGGAUGCCACAGUGGCUGCACUCAAGGAACAGGAAGACAUUUGCUGCCAUUUGAAAGACCAAGUGAAACAACUUGAAAGGAAUCAAGAUGCCAUCAAUUUAGAAAAGACUGAGAUUAUUAGCAGGUUGACCAGAAGUCUUGAGGAGAGCCAGAAGCAGUGUGCCAACUUGCUGCAGUCAGGCUCAGUACAGGAGGCAUCUCAAUUAAGACUGCAGCUGCUGCAAGCACAAAAGUCACUUGCUCUGAGUGAAAACAUGAACAAGACUUUGCAAGAAGAAAUAGCACAACUUAAAGAUGAAAUUGCUCUCUAUGAAUCUGCCGAAAAACUAGGAAUACUUCCAAAUGACUCAGAAGGAGAACUAAAUGUGGAACUCACAGAAUCAUAUGUGGAUUUGGGUAUUAAAAAGACCAACUGGAAAAAGCCUAAAGUUAAGAGCAUCAUAAAGCAGGAGCACCCCAGUGAAGAACUUUCCAAGGAUGAGAUCAUUCUUCAGUUGAAAGCUGAAGCGAGGCAUUUGUUGGGGAGUAACUCAGUGAAGCGUCAUCUGUUGUCUCGGUUACAAAAUGAUCUCAAAGACUGUCGCAAGAAAAUCGAAGAUCUGCAAAGAGCAGAGAAGGAUGAGAAAAGCAUGGAAAUUGAGGUUUGUAGAAUUUAUUCAGAUAAGCUAUUUUUGAAAGGGUCAGUAGAAACAGAAUUUGCAUAUUUAAAGUGUGAGAGGACAUAUCAGCAGCACCAUGAAGCCAUGAAAGCCCAAAUCCGUGAGAGCCUGUUAGCAAAGCAUGUUCUGGAGAAGCAGCAGCUCUUUGAGGCUUAUGAAGGGACUUGUUUGCAACUUAGGUCUGACUUAGAUAAGAUGAACAAGGAGUUGACCUCUGUUCAGGAGUGUUACCUGGAAGUGUGCAGAGAAAGAGACACUCUCGAAUUAAAUAUCAGGAAGACCAUGGAAAAGGAAUAUCAUGCGAAGGAGAAGAAGUUUAAACAAGAACUUAUUCAACAACUUGAAAAGGAGUGGCAGUCCAAGCUGGAUCAGACUCUAAAAGCUGUGAAAAAGGCGACCUCAGAUUGUUGUAGUCAAACCGACCAAGUGACCACCAUUGAUAUUCUCUCCAAGGAAGGGAUGGCAGCUGUAUUAGAAGAGCAGAAACAGAAGAUCCAUCAAAAUAUAGAGCAAGAGAAGGAAAAAGCUGUCAAGGGAGGCGUAGAGAAACUGGAGAUGGAACUGGAACUUAAGUAUUGUAAAAAUAUUGCCAAGCAGGUAGAAGUAGCUGUGCAAAAUGCUCGUCAUCGUUGGCUGGAAGAGCUGCCAGAUCUGGCAGAGUAUAAAGCACGAAUAAGGAUGGAACAGAAGAAGUGGGAAGAGCAGCAAGAGAACUUUGUGGCCCAAAAGAUAUUAGUUGCUGUUUCUGAAGCUAAAGAGAAAUGGAAAAGUGAGGUUGAAAAUAUGAAGAAAAAUGUACUAUCUGGAAAGGAAUUGGAAGAGAAGAUUCAAUUUCUCCAGAAAGAACUGGAGUUAAAGAAUGAGGAGACCCCUGUGGUGGUCCGGGCUGAGUUGGCGAAGGCCCGGAGUGAGUGGAAUAAAGAAAAGCAAGAAGAGAUUCAAAAACUUCAAGAACAAAAUGAGGAAGAUUACCGGCAAUUUUUAGAUGAUCAUCGAAGUAAAAUUAAUGAGGUGCUGGCGGCAGCUAAAGAGGACUUCAUGAAACAAAAAACAGAAUUGCUGCUUCAGAAGGAGACAGAAUUACAGACUUGUCUGGACCAGAGCCGUAGAGAAUGGACUAUGCAGGAAGCUAGGCGAAUCCAACUGGAAAUCUAUCAGUAUGAGGAAGAUGUCCUAACUAUUCUAGAAUUUCUCUUAAAGGAUACCCAGAAGGAAUUUGUCAGUGAUUCAGAGAACACACAACUUCUAAAGGUUAUGUCGAUGUGCUCAUCAAAAUGGGUAUCAGUGCAAUAUUUUGAAAAACUAAAGGCCUGUGUACAGAAAGCUUUUCAAGACACACUCUCUAUAAUAGAAAAUGCUAACCCAGAAUUGGCAAAGACAAAUAUGGUCAAGACCACAGGGGUCACUGACACAGGAGACUCUGGAGCACUGGCAGUACUUCCUAAACCCAUUUCUGGACACUACGCUCAGCCCUGGUCCUUGCAAGAUGCAGCUGUAGAAGAUGAUAAGAUCCUUGAAAUUAAAGAUUCAUGCUGUGGACCCUGCUUCCAAGAACUUGGAAAGGCAAAGCAGGAAUGCCAAGAUCUGAAAAGGAAACUGGAGAAAUGCAGUAGGCAUCUUCAGCAUUUAGAAAGGAAGCACAAAUCUGUAGUGGACAAAAUCGGAGAAGAGAACAAUAAAGUUGUCGAAGAAUUAAUAGAAGAAAACAAUGACAUGAAGAAUAAGUUGGAGGAACUGAGAAUACUUUGCAAAGCACCACCAAGGUCAUUAUCAGAAGGGGCCAUUGAAAAUAGUAAUCAGCCAUGCAGUAGGAACAUUUUGGAAGAACUUCGUGGGCAGUACAUUAAAGCUGUAAAAAAAAUUAAACGAGAUAUGCUUCGUUAUAUUCAGGAAAGCAAGCAAAGAGCUGCAGAAAUGGUGAAAGCAGAGAUACUGAGAGAGCGGCAAGAAACCUCCCGCAAGAUGCGCAAAUAUUACUUGAUUUGCCUCCAACAGAUUCUGCAAGAUAAUGGAAAACAGGAAGGGGCCGAGAAAAAGAUUUUCAAUGCUGCUAGCAAACUGAUUACAAUGGCAAAAUUGCUGGAAACGCCUACAUCUAUAGCUGUGGAACACACUCUGAGUAAGACAGUGGAGCCAGAAAUGCCUCUGCCUUCAGAGAUGCUGACUAGAGUUGAAAAAUCAGAAAGAAAUGGUGUGAGCCAGAAUAUACUCUACCACACUGCAAACAAACCAAACGGAAUAGCACCUGUGCCAUCUGACCAGGCCCCAAAGAGAAAGGCUGCUUGUAACUUGGAAAAGUGGUUGGAGGGCAUGCAGCAUGGGGACAGCAAGCAUCGGGGCUCCAAAGGGUCACACACAGACCUUCAGUCUGCUUACAAACACCUAGAUGCUUUGCCAAAGGCGGCUCCUCCUGAUGUUCCUUGUGAAAGUGGUUUUGGUUUGCACCAGAAGAAAGACCUCGUUGGUGACACGGGCUCAGAGUCACUUCAGUGUUCUGCCGCAUACUCCCUUCAUGGAUCCAACGGAAGCAAACCGUUGCCUAGAUAUACCCCGAGUCUUUCAGAAUCAAGACCCAUGCCCACAACCCUUCCAGUUCCUAAUGAAAGACAUGGUUUAAAAGUAUAUAAGCAUCUUCCUUUAGCAGUAGGUGGGAUUGUGGCCUCUGAGGAAAAUCAGGAAGCUCCAGUAAAGGACAGAGGGGACCUUAAUGACUUUGUGGGAAAACCUUCCAGCUAUGCCACUCUACCCUACAGCAGUCAGGAAGUGUUUUUGCAUAACAGGUCCCAAGAAACUCUUGAUCCAAUUGCUGAAUCUGUUCAUUCUAAACCGUUUUCAGCAUCUAGUUGUCAUGCACUGCCAGAGAAUAGUAAGACUUGUCAACCAGUGAAAUGGCAGAGUGGUCGUACUCUGGACCUGCGAGAAGAAUGUGGAUAUCCCCAGCCUCGUCAUACCACUGAUCUGUUAAAGGCAGAUGCCAAGAAACUGAGCAGUGCAGCACCAUUCUCAGAUCAGCAGCCGCCUCUGAAAAAAGCAACAGCCCCUCUGUUGAGCCAACAAGAUAGUGGCUUUGAUAGCCCAGUUAUUAAUCUAGACUAA